AUGACUGGAGAUUUAUUUACGGCAAGAUUUGCUGAUUGCCAUUUAGAUGAAUUAGUUUUUCCUACAUUAGGGGGAGAGAAUAAGCAACUGAAAAAGGAGAUAGACUGGAAUGCAUUAUCAUUAUCUUAUUUAGAUCCUCGUACAAAUCAAUGUGAACUGGAAGUUCAAAAGAUAAUUCAUUUGCAAAGUAUUGCAAAUCAACUUCCAGAUACAUUUACCAACCUACCAAGGAUUACUAAAUCUCAUAUUCUAGCUGCAAAUGCUCCAAUUCGAGUUGAUGUCCCGGUAGGACAAUCUGUUAAAGCAUAUGAGUCUAAGCCACACUUAAAACGUGGCAGACCAAUCGGUUCUAAAGAUAAAAAUCCUCAAAAAAGGAAAGGAAAAAAUGAUCAAGACAGUCAUAAUAUGGAGGUAAUUGCUCAAGAAGAUCCCCGAGACAUAACAAUUGAUAAAACCCCAAAAGAGGUCAAG